AUGGGCGUCAAGUGGAAGGGCGGUGGCGUGGUGUGGUUCCUCCUGCUCGCCGGCCUGCUCCUCCUGACGGUGGCGGCGGUUGCUGCUGCGGAGGAUGAGACGGCGAUGGAGGCCGGUGGCCGCCGGGACCUGCAGGAGAAGCUCCGGUGGUGCAAGAGGCAGUGCCGGUGGGAGGCCGGGCAAGACACGCGGCAGCGGAGGGAGUGCGAGGAGCAGUGCGAGCGGCAGCAGCAGGACGACGACGACGACGCCGCCGCCGCCGGAGAAAACACGAACGGCGCCGGCAAGGAGUGCCGCCGCGAGUGUCGCGCCUACCGCGACGAGCCGUGGCGGAAGCAGGAGUGCGUGAGGCAGUGCGAGUGGCGCCACCACGAGCGCCAGCAUCAUGGCGGCGGCGGCGGCGACUGCAGGGAGCAGUGCGAGCACCAGCAGGACUGGUGGGAGAAGCAGCGCUGCCUCAUGGACUGCCGUCGCCGGCGACAGGAGCAGGAAGAGGAGGAGUACGGCAGCGGCAGCGUCAACCACCAUGGCGGAGAGCACUGCUACACGCAGUGCCGACACCACCACGACCAGUGGAAGAGGCAGCAAUGCAUCGAGAAGUGCAGAUACCACCAGGGCCAACAGGACGACGUUGAGGUCGAGGACGACAGCUAUGGCGGGGAUCGCUGCCGCAUGCAGUGUCAACACCACCAUGACCAGUGGAAGAAGCAACAGUGCAUGCAAGACUGCAGACGCCACCACCAUGGCCAAGAGGACGACGUCGAGGAAGAUGACAACCAUGGCGGCCAUGGAGACCAGUACUGCCGUAAGCAAUGCCAACACCACCAUGACCAGUGGAAGAAGCAACAGUGCAUGCAGGAUUGCAGGCGCUGGCGCAAAGAACAAGAAGAAGACGACGGUGUUGAGGAAGAAGACAACCACGGCGGCCAUGGCGACCAGUACUGCCACAAGCAAUGCCAGCACCACCGCGACCCAUGGAAGAAACACCAAUGCGUGGAGGAAUGCAGGCAGCGGCGCCAGGAGGACGACGGCGUCGAGGAUCACAAGCACGGCGGCCGCCAUGGCGACCAGCGCCAGGAGGACGACGACGGCCAUGGUGGCGACGACUACUGCCGCAGGCAAUGCCAGCACCACCGCCACCAGCACGAGAGGCAGCAGCAAUGCAUGAGAGAUUGCCACGAGCGCCAUGGCUGGGAGACGGUGGCUGAUGAAGCCAUCCUCCAGGCAGUGUAA